AUGUUGAGGAGUAGACUCAUAGGCGUGAGCCUGCAACAGAACGUCUCAAGAUUCCUCUCUUCAUCCGCAGCUUCAACCCUUCCUCCCCACGCCCAGAAAUCGCCAAAACUCUACGAGAACGACGUCCAAGUGGAGAGCAAAUUGGGAUGGGGGGUUGUGCGCUCAGCCAACGGCAACCUUCCUGUCUACUUUGACAUAAGAAACUACAACUCUCGCAAGCUGACAAUCAUCCGAAAAAUCCUUGGAGACCCGGAGAAGCUUCGGGAGAGCAUCUUGAGGGAGUUUGAUGUCAGCGUGAACGAUGUGGCGGUGAGGGUUGGGCGAGUGGAAGUGAAGGGCAAGCGGACAAGAGAGAUGCGGGAAUGGUUGGCGUCCAAAGGAUUCUGA